UCGUGCGAGUAGAUUAGCGCUCUCACGUGCAGAUAUUUUGUACGUGUAAAAAACAUCUGUUUGUUCGACCAAGAGUUUGGUUCACGAGCAUACAGACCUUCGAGGGAAGAACGGGAGAACGGCGAGCGUCGAGGAAGAAAUCCGAGGAAGACCAUCUCGUUUCAGCUGUGCCUCCCGUAGAUAACCUUACUGCUCUUUGAUUCUCUGUUACUGCAACCCCUGUAAGGUUUCUGGAGACGGAUCUGUUCCCUUCCAAGCCCGGGUUGACAAAACUGUAUCAAACGAUUCAAACCUUAUGCCGGAGUUGUUGAACCAAUGCUAACUCUAAGCCGAGUGGCAGUCUGGCAGACGAAGCACUUCUCCAGGCUUCAAUGGCUUCCCUCCAUUUCCCGCACUAUCUCUGUUUCCCCUCUCUCCCUGCCAAAAAUAAAGCCGUUUUCGCUUGUCCUUUUACUUGAAACUUUCUUCAGUUAGCUAUCCUUAGUUUCUUGCCAGAAGUUCCUUAGUGUUCCAAGAAUUAGGGAAGAAUCUUCACUGAAGAGAGAACCCAUGAUUCCUAUUUACAAUUUCUUGAUCACUCUCUCGGCUAAAGGUAGUUGAUUUCUUGUCGGUCUAUUUGAUUUUCUACUUAUACUGAUAUACUUACAUUUGAAAUAGAAGAGGAAUGUGAAACUUGGUUGGAGUUGAAAAUGCAUAUAAAGAUUCAUUAUUCAUUGGAGAUCAAAAUGAUUUUUUAUUGAUAAAACAGAUAUGCAUGCCACUGUCACAUAUACAGGAUGUUUAUCUGUAUCAUAUUGGUGCAAAUUGCAAAGUUCAAAAGAGAGCUUGGGGUUAUUCUUUGAUCUGCCAAAUGAUUUCCUAGCACUAAUUGAAAUUUCAGCAUCUGUGUAUUUCUGAUGGAAAAUUUAAUAAAAUUUACCAUUGAAUUGAUUUUACUUGGAUGUUCAAGCUUUCAGUAUAAAGCCAAUUUUGAGCAUUGUAGCCAAGAUGUGGAGAUCAUUAUUGGGUUCUCAUAAGGUAAUGAUGUUUGAAAGCUUUGGGGUGGGAAUUUUGCAUAAGAUUUCUACACCUGUGUCGAAAGAGGCAUUUGUAUUUGGUCCAUUCAACUUGAAUACCCAGAAGAGAUGGAAGAAGCCAGUAGUUUCUGCACGAACACGUUUAGAGGAUAGAACAAGAGAUCUCAGGCUUGACAAACUGACGAGACAACUUAUGCGAUUGAAAAUAGUUCUUAAAUUGCGAGAACUGAUGUUAAAGCGAAGGGACCCUUAUGUAUCUGUUCAACGGCUCUCCAGGUGGAAGAAUAUUGUUGGACUAAAUAUAGAGAUGGGCGUAUUCCUUCGAAAAUAUCCUCACAUUUUUGAGAUGUUUACCCAUCCUGUGAAGAGAAACCUCUGUUGCAAAUUCACUCAAAAGAUGGCCAAUUUGAUUGAGGAGGAAAAUAACAUUAUCAAGGAUUCUGAAUUGAUAGCUGUUCAACGUUUGAAAAAGCUCCUCAUGAUGUCGACUAAUGGUACAUUGCACAUUCAUGCUUUAAGGUUGAUUAGGAGAGAAUUAGGGUUGCCUGAGGAUUUCCAGGAUUCGAUUCUUCUUAAGUACCCAGAUGACUUCAGGUUAGUGGGCCUAGAGAUAGUAGCAUUGGUUUCAAGAGAUGAAAAUUUGGCUGUUGCUGAGGUGGAAAAGUGGAGAGAGAAAGAAUACAGGGAAAAAUGGUUGAGUGAGUUUGAAACUAGAUAUGCUUUCCAGAUACAUUUCCCAACUGGAUUUAAGAUUGAGAAAGGAUUCAGGGAGAAAUUGAAGAACUGGCAAAGGAUCCCAUACCUGAAGCCUUAUGGGCAAAAGGAAGUUAUUCGCAUUCGUAGCUGUGGAGGGAUUGAGCGCUUUGAGAAACGUGCUAUUGGCAUUCUUCAUGAGUUUCUAAGCUUAACGAUAGAGAAGAUGGUUGAUAUUGAACGACUAUCCCACUUCCGAAGGGAUUUUAACAUGGAAAUCAAUCUGCGAGAACUUCUUCUGAAACACCCUGGAAUUUUCUACAUAUCUACAAAAGGAAACACACAGACUGUGUUUCUUAGAGAAGCAUAUGGUAAAGGGUGUCUAUUUCAUCCCAAUCCUAUAUAUACAGUUAGACGGAAAAUGCUGGACCUCCUCUUACUAGGAUGCCGAAGCACUAGGGAAUUGCAACCGCAGAAAGGAAUAUUGGAAAGGCAUAAUGAUAUAGAUUGUAAUGAAGUAGUACAGUCACCAAGAGUUGGACACUGGGUUAUACCCAUCUUAGAGAGCUUUGACCAUCAAAAUCCUAAUAAAAAUCUCAGUGAAGUUAGUGAUACUUCUGACGAGGAGCUAAAUGAAAAGUAUGGGAAUCUCUGCAGUCAAGAUGAUGCAUAUGUGAAAGGGAAAGAGUAAGUCCAAGUAUGAUAUCAUUAUAAUCCACCACUCGGCAGUAUGUGAUCUGUGAGGAACUAGUGAAGUUGUGAUCAAAUGGAACUUCUGUUGGAGAUCACUCGGAUGAACCAGCUUUGGAACUGGAUAAGAAUGAACUCUAAGACAACCAAUGGCGGAUGCUAAUAAAAGACUUGCUACCAGAAACUGAUAAUCCAUGUAUUCUGCAUCUGACUUGACAAGCCUAGAAGCCUAAUGCCACAAUUGAAGCGGAUGUCAAUCAUGCCGCCUUAACUGCAAAUAAAUAUUGUUGGUGCAGUUCACAGCAAGGAGUCCAACUUGACAACUGGAAUAUGGGUAGCGGUCACUUGUUUCCGUGUUUUGCAUCCUCCAACUAUGCGAAUGUAGUAGUUCAAAGUGAAUCCAUCAAUUUUCUUAUUAUCUGGUUCCCUAAUAUAAGGAGGUGAGAUCAAUUCUGCAGAUUGAGAAGCCAAUUUUAAAAAGGAUGUUGUCUCAACUUGAUUAUAGUUAGGCAGGUUGUAUAAUCAAGGAUACAAUCUCGAAGAUUGAAUACGAGGAGAUUCUAAUGGCUGUUUGUGGCCUCAUUUAGCAUCCUGCUUUUGGAUGCUUUUCCUGCUUACUAUAAAAUUAAUAAAGUUUGCUCGAAAUGCCUUGUUUC